CAAUGAAAGUAGAUCCAGCCUCCGCCCUCGCCUUUGCACUUUGCGACCUUCGCAGCCGAGUAAUUUGGAGCUCGCUGAUUUUCCCCGUAACCUGUGCUAUGCUUUAGUGGUUGGGCCUGCCUCACGCCCCCCUUUGCGAGCAGUGCUGUAGGUUCACCUUUUUGCCCAACGUGUCAGUGCUCUUGCUGGGUUCUUCUGGAGUCGUCAGGAGGCCUUUUGAGGUCGAAGAAGGCAGGUAGUGAUGGAACUCAAACCACUGCUAGUUGCUACUGCUGCUAUCUGUCUGUUGUCGGGAAGCUGUCGCGGGAAGGUAUUUCACGCAUGGAGGCACCAGUGCAUUCAUCCUCCAUCCUUCACCAGCGCGCCCAUCGUUUACAGCGUGGUCUCGGAGGUUAUCUGCAGCUUCCAGUGUUGUAUCCUCAGCUGCCUGUUCUUCGACUUCUCAGAAACCACAGGAUGCAAGAUAUAUGGUGCGGGGUUGGAGCCCUGCAACAACAAUCGUUUUGACUUCAAAUACUACGACUACUAUAGACCAACUGUGAAGGAACCUUUCAUUGAAGUAGCAGGGGGAAAACCAACCUUUCCUGUUCCUAAUUUAGCUUCGGGCGAGCAUUCUGGAAAAGCGGUUGACGGCGACGCCGUCACGACUCGGUGGGAAGGAGGCAGCGUCGGGGCUUGGUGGAUGGUCGAUCUUGGAGCUCAUUACGUCGUCUACUCAGUGGUCAUCGUGCCAAGACCUGGCCCCUUUGCAUACAGAUUUCAAGCAGUAGAGGUUCGAGGAGGUUCUGAGUACCGCGGUGACGGGGACUUCACUCAGUGGGACUUGCUUGGUUAUUACGAAGGCCCUUCCUCCUAUUCGCAGGGUCCCAUUUACUUCAAUAAAAGCCAGGGCAUCUGUGGACGCUACCUCGCGGUCAAGAGAAUCAACUCACUCACUGACGUCUUGGCUUUCAUGGAACUUUAUGCGUACGUGGUCAAAUAAUCAUCAACCAGUCUCACAAACUAACCCUCUGAAGUGAUUAGAUUUUGCAUUGGAUAAGUUUUUCUGUACAUCAUGCUUUCCAGUACUUGUAACAGAAAUUUUGAUGCUAGUAAGUAUGUGCACACACUUAUCUACUUAAUGGUUGUUAACAGUGUUCUAGUAUUAGGCAAUUAGUAUCCCGAGAUGGUUAGAUAUCCACCUGUUUAACAACAAUCAUUGCUCCUCAAUGGCGUGGUCGGUAUGGUGUUGGCGUGCCACCUCGUUGGUCGCGAGUUCGAUUCUCAGGCAUUCCAUUGAGGUGUAUAUGUGUAUUUCUGGUGAUAGAAGUUCACUCUCGACGUGGUUCGGAAGUCACGUAAAGCCGUUGCUGAAUAACCACUGGUUCCAUGCAACGUAAAAACGCCAUACAAACAAACAUAUAAAACAACAAUCUUAAAGUUCGAUUAGGUUUCACCCCUUACUUUGUCCUUCACUAAUUAUAAAUCAUAUAACCGUGUUUUAACCUCUCGUCCAGUAGUGGGAUUCAAACAUUUGUCAGCCGGCUCUAUCACAAAAACCCUGUCAUUCUGUCAAAUUUGCUCCACUGAGGUUCAAACGUUCAUCUUGGACUCUAGCAAAUAAAAUGAUCAGUUAUAAUUAUUUCCCAAAUAAAAUGUCUAAUUAAUAGUUAUAAUUACUUCCCAACUAAAAUGUCUAAAUAAUGGUCAAGCAUCAUUAUAAUAAAAGUGAGGAGUGUCUUUAUGUUACUAUACUAUAUACUAGGCAAUAAUUUCAAUAACGUGAAGAUAUAUCCAUACACUACCAGUAUGCUACAAGUGUUUGAAUGUUGUGCUUUUUUUUUCAAUCACCAUUACUAUUCUUAUGAAUCAUGUGUAUUACUGUUUAUAGAUUUUAGGAUUAUGUGUAAUCUUCGGAAAGUAAAAAUAAAAAUACCCUACUACCGAGUUUGCUGAUUGACAUUAAAUGCUGAAUAGAUCUAAGUAUGGGGCCGCGUCGGGUGUUUCCGUGGAAAUCGACUUUUUCUAAAGUAUUUUGGUUGCAUGUUGAGAAUUUACUGUUAUUUUUUGUCGGUCCACUUUAAUUAACCCCCUUUUAUAGAAUUACCAAAUGCUGCAAUUCUGUAAAAGGAAAAAUAAUAAACCACUUGUUGAAAUACACUAACGACACGUUAUCGUAUGGGAUGCGGUAGACUGCCGACCUUGAAUGGCCAGUAGAUUGUGGUCGUUCGAUUUAGACUAUUUAUUGAGAGAGAGAGAGAGAGAAAAGCCAGAUUUUCAAUCUAGCAGCUAGCGUAGUUUUCUCGGGGAAUUGCGUCUUUAUCUGGCAAAAUGUUUAAUUCAGUCGUUUUCUGGAAAAGGUAAAUAUUUCAGUAAAUCAUGAACUGUAUAUUUGCAUUUUAGUUACGUUAUUGCCCUAUUUUUUUUUUUUUCCUAAUGAACAAUACCAUAUGAAAGAAACCUUUUCGUACGAGCAAGGAGAAUCUG